AUGUGUGCUCUUCCCAACGUGUCGUUACCUCACCCUGCCAGUCCAGCCGCCCUCGUGGAAGAGAUCUGGUUCAAAAAAAACCCCUCUUUUCUUCAGAAAAUUGGAGACCGGGCCCCUCAGGAGCCUCCCACGGGCUCAGGGGCUCUGCUGGCCGUCUGGGGGUGCUGUCGCUUGCCUCGUUGCCGCCUGCUGCUGCUGCUGCGGCCUUGUCAGCGUUUGCCCUCGGCCCCGUCACGGCGCCUUUGGGGAGAAACGCGCAGGAUGUGGCGCUGCUUGUGCAACCAGUCAUGUAGGACUCCACACGGCAGCUUUCCACUUCCGGUGGUUCCCUACAAGACGACAGGAGCCAUCGGUGAAAAGAGCAAACUGUUUCUCAGUCUCUGUUCUAUCAAUAAACCACAAAAGAAUCGCAAGAGCAGCUACAAGGAGCAGAAUGCCCUCGGCUGCAUACCACAUAUACAAUUGCAGAACAAUCUAGGUAUCCUGUGGUCUGAAAGAGCUGAAAUUAAAACUGCUCAAACUUACUUGGAAUCUGCAGAAGCCUUAUAUAAUCAAUACAUGAAAGAGGAUGGAAAUCCUCCCCUGGAUCCCAGUGAACAUUUCAUGGCAGAAGAAGAAAAACUCACAGACCAGGAAAGAUCCAAAAGAUUUGAAAAAGCCUAUACACAUACUUUGUAUUAUCUGGCCCAAGUCUACCAACACCUGGAGAUGACUGAGAAGGCUGCUCAGUAUUGCCAUACUACUCUUAAACGGCAGCUUGAGUACUGUGGCUACUGCCCAGUAGAAUGGGCACGCAACGCUGCUACUUUGUCACAGUAUUAUCUCUCUAAGGAAUGCUUUAUGGAAGCCCGACACUGUUUAGCAGCUGCCAGUGUCAUCUUUAGUCAAGCUGGACAGGUGCCACCUACUGAAGACAAUGAAACGGAGCAAGACCAACAGGAUCUUCAGGAGAGAAAAGCUGAAAUUGCAAGGUGCUGGAUUAAGUAUUGCCUGAAUCUCUUGCAAAGCGCUCAGAAAUUACUUGAGGAUAACAUAGGAGAGCUGGAUCCAGACAGGCAAUUGGAACUGAAAGCCCAAAGGAAAAAAGAGGAGGAUGAAAAAGAGAAGGGCAGGAAAAAAGCUGUCCUUUUUGGGACGAGUGACAUCUGUGACUCUGUCUUAGCCAUGGAAGAGAAAGUGAGCAGCAUAUAUCCUUUAGAUUUUCAAGAAGCCAGAGAGAUCUUCCUAGUUGGUCAGAACUAUGUUCAGGAAGCAAAAGAGUUCUUCCAGGUUGAUGGUUAUGUCACUGACCAUAUUGAAAUUGUUCAGGAUCACAGUGCUUUGUUUAAGGUGCUUGCUUUCUUUGAAGAAGACUACGAGAGACGUUGCAAGAUGCACAAGCGUAGGAUAGACAUGCUGGAGCCGAUAUAUGCAGACUUGAAUACCCAGUACUAUCUGUUGAUUAGUAGACAGCUUCAGUUUGAGCUGGCUGACACCUAUUAUGAGAUGAUGGAUUUAAAGGUAGCUAUUGGUAACAGGUUAGAGGAGCUAGACUCCCACACAGUUAAAAAAAUUAAUUCUCUGGCUCAGUUGGCGAUCAAAUAUUAUGAGCUCUUCUUAGAGUCUUUGAGGAACCCAGACAAGGUGUUUCCUGAAGAGCUCGAGGAAGAUGUUCUUCGCCCUGCAAUGGUGGCCAAAUUUCACAUUGCACGGCUGUAUGGUAAGCUGAUUACUUCAGAUAGCAAAAAGCAACUGGAAAACAUGCAGACAUCACUAGAAUAUUACAGAUUUCUGGUAGACUAUUGUGAUAAGUACCCAGGUGCUGCCCGUGCCAUUGAAACUGAACUAGAACUCAGUAAGGAGAUGGUGGGUCUUCUUCCAACAAGAAUGGAGAGACUAAGAGCAAAACUCAGUCCAUUCAUAUAAAUACUUGCCUUGAAGGAAAUGUGCACUAUUGAAGUGAUACCAGAGCUGUCAGACAUCUUCUGUACUGACUGAUAGAACUAAGGUGUCUACAGUUUAGCAGUCCACCUAGAGCCUGCAGUAAUAUAACUUUGUGAGAAAGUCAGAGCUCCCUAGUUCAGUAGCUCACCCACACUAAUGGUAUAGACUUUAAAUCUAAAGUGAAUGUCCAGCUAAUGCUUUGUAUUGUUUGUCCUGUAUGUAAAUAUAAACCUUUUCUCCUUUAGGCCUUUUUCCUCCAGCAUGUGGUACAGUUUCUAAAUGUAGUGCUCUAUGAAUUGUUUCUUUUAAGGAAAUAUGUUUCUCUAGGAUAAUUUUUCUAAGAAACCCAAGGCACGUUCUACCAACUAGAAUAUAUUUUAUCUCUUCUGACUUUUGUCCCCAGAAAACUUUAUCUGUAUGAAGGGAACUUUGUUAUUUUCAAUAUUUAUUUUGUACGUUGCUCCUUGUUUCCUUUUUUGCUUGAUUAAUCAAAACCUAGUUGAUAAUAGGCUAAAUAAAUGGACUAGCUUGGCUAAAUGUU